CAAUAUGACUCAAAGAAAAAUAAUUACAUCACUCACGAGUUAAUUAAAAUGCUAAAAGGUGUGUUCUAACCGAACGAACGUCCAAGAAAACGAGUUUUAUUUUACGGUAUAGUAAACAUAGAAGGAGAACGCCUUUAAAACCUUGCCGUUAAGGUUGAUUAUCCCAUAACCUCAAUCUUUCCUUCAUUGAAAAAUCGCUGCAUUCCACCGUUAGACAAGGUAUGUAGACGCGUUAUGGCAACCGAGGUUGCGUUUCCUGUCUCGUUUUUAAUAAACGCGGACGCGGAAAUUGGAACACUUCAAAAUUAAUUGUCAAAUUCAAUCGAUAUAACCUCAAAAUUUUGAAUAAAAUUCAUUGAAAUGCCGGAUACCGUGGAAAGUGAUGUGGAAAAACUAUUAAAAGGACUUUCUUUGGAAAGCGAAGAAGCUGAAAUAUGUGAUUUUACACUUGAAGAACAAAAAGCUGCUUUAGAAUCGGAAGGUAAAGCUGGAAAUAUAGAUACAAGUUUACAACCGAUAUUAGGAGAAACAGUGACCUAUAUUGUUGCUGGUGUUUUUAUUAAUGAAGAUGGUGAAGUUUUGAUGAUGCAGGAAGCGAAACAAUCUUGUGCGGGAAAAUGGUAUUUACCAGCUGGGAGAAUGGAAAAAGGUGAAACAAUAAUUGAAGCAAUGUCUAGAGAAGUUCUUGAAGAAACUGGUUUAAAUGUAAAACCUACAACAUUGCUUAUGGUUGAAUUCGCUAAAAGAUCUUGGUUCCGAUUUGUUCUUACUGGUGUUGUUAUAGGAGGCACGUUAAAAACCCCCGCUCAAGCCGAUAAAGAGUCACUCCAAGCUAAAUGGAUUUUAAAUCUCGAAGAAUUAACAUUAAGAGCAAGCGAUAUUUUACAUUUAAUUGAUCGAGCAAAAAGUUAUCAUCUCGCUAAAAAGCAACGAGACAAAACUUGGCAUUCGGAUAUUUUACCAGGACUUCGCUCACACACCAAAUUACUUUUAAGAACAGUUAUUGUUAUUAAAAAACGAUCAACAAACAAAGUCCACGUUUUAAUGAGCGAACGAAAUUCUUGGCAUAUCCCCGUUUGCGAAAUUAAUCCAGGAAAAUCAUUCCAUUCGGUUUUAAGAAACUUUAUGAUUGAGCUUUUUGGGGCUGAUGUUCCACAACAUAGACCACAUGGAAUAUUAUCUGUUGAGCAUAAUUCGAAUAAUAAUUGCGAUGGGUUAUGUUUAACUAUUUUAAUCGCUUUUAAGCCACCUUUAGAAGAAGUUCCCAUUAUUGGGAAAUGUAUUUGGCAUGAAACAUCAAAGGAGCUUGGUCAACAACUUCUCAUUAGGGUUGCUUCCAGAAAUUCAACAUUCCCUAUUCAUGUUAUUUGUUAAAAUAUUUUUGAUAUUAUGUAAUUAUUUUUUUUAUUAACUUUGUACAGAUUUAUUAUUUAUUUAUUGAGUAAAAUGAACGGUAAUGGUUUUGUUA